AUGGCGGUGGUCAUCCAUUUACAGGGGCUUAGAAUCACUGCAGGUUCUGAUGACGUUCGCGAUUUCUUCACUGGCCUCAAAAUCCCAGAUGGUGGGGUGCACAUUAUUGGUGGGGAGCGUGAGGAGGCUUUCAUAAUCUUUGCUUCCGAUGAAGACGCGAGGCGGGCGAUGACACGUUCGGAGGGAUCCAUCAAAGGUUCUCCGGUUCGCUUACGGCUGAGCAGCAAGUCAGAAAUGCAGGCUGUUCUCAAGCAAAAAAGACAGCAAAGUGGUACGUUUAGAAGAGGGCCUUCCUCGGCUCACACUGAGAGGUCUCCACACGUGCACCUGGUAGAGACAGCAGUGGUAAGUUUAGAAGAGGGCCUUCCUCGGCUCACACUGAGAGGUCUCCUCCACACCGUGCACCUGGUAGAGACAGCAGUGGUAAGUUUAGAAGAGGGCCUUCCUCGGCUCACACUGAGAGGUCUCUCCAGCCGUGACCUGGUAGAGACAGCAGUGGUAAGUUUAGAAGAGGGUUCCUCAGCUCACACUGAGAGGUCUCCUCCAGGCCGUGCUAGGUCUUUCUCACCAGUGGCCUACGGGUCUCAAAGCUCUUCUCCUCCCAAUGAUGAGUUCUGUGUCUUGGUGGAAAACCUUCCCUACUUGGUGGAGAAGAAGGACAUAAGGGAGAUCUUCCAACAUGCAGACCUCAAGUAUGAUCAGAUCCUUCACCUUCUUGACAAGUAUGGGUCAGAGACAAGGUCUUUUGUGCUGUUCAAUAGCCUGAGGGACUACGGUGCUGCCUUGACUCUUCACAAGAAGACAUUUUUCAAACGAUGUGUGUACAUCUCUCCUAUCUCGAAAGAGAAAAUGGUCGCCAUGCUAGAAUCUGGGGGAAAUCCAGUGGAUGGCACACCACCCUCUAAAAGGUCUUACAGCGGAUCUCAGGAAAGGCUUCCAAGAGAGACCGAGAAGGAUGUGUAUGAAUCUGAGAAGAUUUGCCUGUAUGUGCGAAACCUGCCUUUCGACGUGCGCAAAGUUGAGAGUGACUUCUUCCUGGGCUUCAGGAUCUCAGAGGAGGCUGUUGUUUUGCUGCUUGACCAUAGGGAUGGGCUGGAGAGGCUUGUGGUGAUCUUUCAGACUGAGCAGGAGGCUAUGAGGGCACAGUCUCUGAAUGGGCAAGGGUUUCUUGGAACAAAUCUCAUCCUGAAAUGCAUUUCUCUGGCUCAGAUGCGUGAAUUUGGUGUUGGUGAACCUGCAGUGAAAGAGCAAAAGAUGGAGAGAAGCUCAGAGAGGUACUUGGCCGGGAACAGUGAGGCGAUGUCCCAUCUGUACACUGAUUACAGGGUCAACCCUGAUAUAGGCCAUCUUCCUAUGAAGACCUGCAGGCUCAUAUUCCUGGAGGCAGCGGUCUGCGUCUCGAUUCUCAAAUGAUGGAAAGCCCUGUUCUGUUUGACAACUGGGGAAUGGCUCUGCUCAUAGACAUGGAGGCUAUGGACCUUCUGCACCGCAGCAGUUUGAUGGUCCCACAUGCCUGAAACUGGUUAAUCUGCCUUCGACUAUCAGAAUUGACGAAAUCUAUGACUUUUGCUAUGGAUAUAGUGUAAUUCCUGGAUCGGUCUCAUUGCAGUAUGACAACCAAGGGAUUCCAAAGGCUCAGCAACAGUUUUUUUUUGGAUCUCGCUUGGAGGCGUUAACGGCAGUUGAGGAAUUGAGUGAAAGACCAAUAGGCAACAGAAAAGUAAAACUAGUUUUUGUGUGAAAUUUGUCCUCUGUAUAGAACAUGAAAGAACCUUUUUGGGCUUUAAAUUGGAUGUUUUAGGAAGAACAACUCAGACAGUAUUUGGUUAGUUUGGUGGAUUCCAACAGAUGGCGACUGAACAAUUUUAGAUUUAAAAAUACUGUGUGUGUAUAUAGCCUUCUACUCAAUGUGUAACGGACAAACCUUUUGUCCAUAGUUUCCCCCCCACCUUAAAGAAUAACAAAAUGAUUUAUUUGUAUUUUGCCCAUCGCUUGCUUGCUAUUAGCCUGUUUCUGAAGCUUUUUCUUUUAUGAAAUUUGCCUGAAAUUGUAUUUUCUUUAACAGCUGGGUGAAGGUAGAACUUAAUUUUGCACCUAUGUGUUUCCAUGUUUAUUGCAUUAUGUAGUGUAAAAGUUGUCAAUUUAAACUUAGUGGAAUUCUUUGAUUAAAAUUGAUAAUGUUC